AUGGUUCGAUGUAAGGCUUCUAGUCCCCCUGCAGUGUCAUACGAGGCAGAGAAAGGCUCCCUCUGGACUUUGUUGCUGACAAAUCCAGAUGGACAUUUAAGAGAUGCGGACUCGGAGUACCUGCACUGGCUGGUGACGAACAUCCCAGGCAACGACAUCAAGUCGGGUAAGGAGAUGUGCCAUUACUUGCCCCCCUUCCCUGCCAGGGGAACUGGCUACCAUCGCUUCAUCUUCCUCCUCUUCAAGCAAGAGUGCCCCAUAGAUUUCAGCGAUGAUGUUCGGCCGACGCCGUGCCACAGCCUGAAGAUGCGUACCUUCAGCACUUUUGACUGGUACAGGAAGCACGAGGAUGCAAUGACCCCGGCAGGGCUGGCGUUUUUCCAGUGUCAGUGGGACAGCUCUGUUACUCAGGUCUUCCAUCAGCUUUUUGAUAUGAGAGAGCCUGUGUUUGAAUUGGUGCGGCCGCCCGUUUACCAUCCUCCACAGUUAAAGUUCCCGCGCCAGCAGCCUCUGAGGUACCUGGACCGAUACCGAGACACAGAGGAGCCCACCUACGGCAUUUACUAGGGACCCGGCCUCCUCUCUCGGCUCUUGGCAGAGGGGGCUGCUGCCUUCCCUGCGCUCCCUCAGCGGUGCAGCUGGGAGCCGCCGCCGCCUCUGGAGGGAGACCACAGUCUCAGCCCGUCAGCUCCCAAUUCCCCUGCGCUGGCAGUGCUGGGAGGUAUGCGGCUGAAGGCAACAGGCAUUUGUAGUGCUGGCAGCUGCAUGGUCAGAAGGUUACUUAAAGAGGAUGCUCCUAGAUGAAAGCAAAUCCGUGGCCAGGUUGAAAUCUUGCUCCUGAUUCUGUAGCAGAGCUGAUCAGUAGGGGUGGCAGGGUAGAGUCUCCCUCAAGAUGCCCUGCCUUGCUCCUCUGCACAGAUCACCCUUUUCUCUGUGGAACAGAGCCAGACCAGCCUGGAUUUCCUCCUCUUCCAGCAUUGCAGCUCAUGACCAUGUCUGCUUUCAUUUGUGCAGUUCUCAUCUGAUUAAACACACUCUGAGCAAUGCUGGCA